CCACAGUCCUGCUUCUCCUCAAGCAACACCCCAGCUCUGUUUUUCUCUCCUUCUAAUUAAUUAACUGUAUGCAUCUGCAGGGGACACCUGCUGAAAAGCUCUUUUCUUUCUGUCUUUUUUUUUUUUGUUGUUGUUGUUGGCCAGAUUCUUCUUUCCUCCUCAGCAGGAAAUCUGGAUCCAUUUAGUAGGUGUGAGUCACACGGCAGUCGGUCUGAGGUGAUGAAUUACCGUGCUGCCUGCGGAGCUGGACCCGGGCCCUAUAAUCUGAGAGAACAGUGAGGGAAGAGAAAGGAAAGGUAGGGAGAGAGAAAGAGAGAGAGGGAAAGAGGGAGGGAGGAAGUACACAAGGGAGGAGAGAGAGAAACAGAGAGAGAGAGAGAGAGAGAGAGAAAGAGAAUCCGUGCCUACUUUGUAGUUGCCUACAGACACCUGAGAGGUGAGAAACCAGACCGGGCCGGUGGAGCUGGGGCUCAUUAAAUGACUGGGCUGGGGGUUCAGAGGGUCGUUCCUGGCGUUGCUCUCUCUGUCUUCCGGACUGCUCACUCCCGAUCGCUUUAUUUCAGCCUGCAGAUGCCGACAGAUGUGCCCGAAGACAGGCUCAGCGUCGAGGAGAAUGCGGCCAAGUGUGACAGCAUGACUCUGCCCAGCACCCCCACGGUCCGCAGAGGAAGCACCCCUCUGCCGAUAAAGCACCAGCUCAGACGAGAAGAAGCUGUCCACGAUGACGUGGACUGGGCCUCGGGAGCCGCCGGGCCUUCCCCCUCGCCGCUCGGCUUCAGCCCGGCCCUGGACGACCCUCCCAUCGUCUCCGUGGAGGGCAGGAAGGACGGGCCGCUGCGCGUCGCCCUGCUGGGUCAGAACGGAGUCGGGAAGUCCUCCCUGGCUCUCGCCUUCGCCGGCGACAUGGACCGGGCCGCGUCGGUGGAUUCUGAUGGGGAGGGCUACGUGCGCACAGUCAGUGUGGACGACGAGGAGAGCACCAUCGUUAUCUAUGACAACUGGAGACAGGACCUGUCGGCUCUCCAGUGUGAAGUGUGCGUCCUGGUGUUCUCCGUGACCGACAGGCGCAGUUUCCACCGCACGGCGCAGCUCCGUCUCCUCCUGAGAGAGACGCAGCCUCAGACUCCCAUAAUCCUCGUCGGGAACAAGAGCGACCUGGUCCGCUCGCGCGAGGUCACGGCUCAAGAGGCCGUGUCCAGCGCUGCCCUCUACAACUGCCUGUAUCUGGAGAUCUCCGCCUCCCUGGACCACCGCACGGAGGAGCUCCUGGACUCCGCCGUGCGACUAGCCAGAGGUCAGCCGCCGUGGCCCCCGGGAUCCAGCGCGGAGGACAUGUGCGGAGGAGGUCAGCGAGAGAGCAUCACCUCGCGUGCUAAACGCUUCCUCACCAGCCUGAUGCCCCGGUACCCACGCGAGAGGGAAGUGGGCAAGUUCCUGAGACAGAAGUCCCGCUCGUGCCACGACCUGGGGGCGCUGUGAUCGCACGCGGCGAGGAGGUUCAAUAGCUUAGCAGAAACAACUCGAGGUGAUGUAGUAAAGCAGCAGAAGGGAGGAGGGAGGGAGUGACGUGGCACUUAGAGGACAGAGAUGUAGGAUGUGAAUGGCAGAUGGGGGGGAUGUGCGUAAAUUUACCGGUGAAACCACAGAAAGGCAUCGCAGUAUGGUGUGAAGGAUCAUCCGGCGCACAGGAGAUGGGAAGAAACGAUAGCUAUCAUGUCAAACGGCAAAAUUUUGUACACAAGUUCAAAGAAAACAAGGAAAAUAUACUGGUGUAAAUAAGCUGUAGAUGUGAUACCUAACUGCCACAGCUUUAAAAGUGAAAUAAAUAGCUUUUUUUGAGUCUUCA